CCAUCAAACACCUCACUAGCCCAAUACCCCUCUCAGCUUCCCUGAAAACCCGGCGACCCCACCGGACUCGCCCUUUCGACUCUCUCUUAUACACUCUUUUCUUUCUUUCUCUCUCUUAAUCCAAUCUGAUUCUGCUGAUUUUGCCCGAAUCUUACGGGCAUUGCUUUUCGCGUCUCUUGUCUGAGAGACAGAGAGAGAGAGAGAGCUCUCACUGUCUUGUUCGGAUUUCCGGCCUUGUUUUGGUGAUUCGAUCUUCCCCCUAGUUUUCCGGCUGAUUAUUCUCCUCCGCUCUACAGAAGAGAACAGUAACAUUUUAUUGCUGCUUUUUAUUUUUCAGCUUGUUAUGAAGAAAAAUUAGAAGGCUUUGAUGUCGAUGAAGUCGUCUUCUUACUCAUGGAUAUGGGUGUUCAAGAAGAAGAAUAGCUUCUCUGAUGGGGGAAAAAACGGAGGAUUAAAGAUGAAGCAGGUCUCAUUUAUGGGAGUUGUGUGUACAGUAAUGUUGUUCAUUGUGUACAGAACCACCAAUUAUCAAUAUCAGGCUUAUAAGGAGGCAGAGAUGGAAGGAAAAAUGCAUCCCUUUAACCAGGAAAUUCUUUUGAGUUCCAGAGCAUUGGAUGGUUUGCCUCGUGGCAUAGUACAAGCUAGGUCGGAUUUAGAGCUGAGGCCUUUGUGGCUGAGUAGUUCAAAGUUAAAGGUUGAUUAUAGCAAUCGCAACUUGCUGGCUAUGCCAGUUGGUAUUAAGCAGAAAGAUAAUGUUGACGAAAUUGUGCAAAAGUUUCUUCCAGAAAACUUUACAAUUAUACUCUUCCAUUAUGAUGGGGAUGUUAAAGGAUGGUGGGAUCUUGAGUGGAGUGAUGAGGCCAUACACAUAGUUGCCCGCAACCAAACAAAGUGGUGGUUUGCAAAACGAUUUCUACAUCCAGAUGUUGUGUCCAUAUAUGAUUACAUAUUCCUCUGGGAUGAAGAUUUGGGGGUUGAGAAUUUCAACCCAGCAAGGUACCUUGAAAUUGUGAGAGGAGCAGGACUGGAGAUAUCUCAGCCAGCUUUGCAUCCAAAUUCAACUGAAAUACAUCAUAGAAUUACAGUUCGUGCUAAAAAAAAGAAGUUCCAUAGAAGAAUUUAUGAUAGCAGAGGCAGUGUGAAGUGUACUGAGGAAAGUCAAGGACCACCAUGCACUGGGUUUGUUGAAGGUAUGGCCCCGGUCUUUUCAAGAUCUGCCUGGGAUUGCACUUGGCAUCUUAUACAGAAUGAUCUCGUACAUGGAUGGGGUCUGGACAUGAAGCUUGGGUAUUGUGCGCAGGGGGACCGUUCAAAAAAUGUGGGAGUUGUUGAUGUUGAAUAUAUUUUUCAUAAGGGUAUACAAAGUUUGGGUGGGGGUGACUCUCAGGAAAGAAAGGUUUCCAAUUCUAAGAAGAAACGCAUUGUUUCAAAUCAUGAUGGAAGAACCGAGAUUCGGAGGCAAUCAACGCGGGAGUUUACAGUGUUCAAAGAACGGUGGAAUCGUGCUGUAGAAGAGGACAAGAAGUGGAUUGAUCCAUUCAAGAAUGACCAAAGACGGAGAAAGAAACAGCGGUUACGCAGCAACCAUUGAAGCUCUUUUAACUUCAGAAAAGAAUCUUGGUGCACCUUCUCAUAGAUAGUUUUCUAUACUCAGUAGUUUAGUUUGUGUAGUGUUCAUCGAACUCAAUAAUCUAUUCAUUUUUAAACCUUCAGUUUGUUCCCUGAAACUCUUUAGUUUACCUCCCUGUAAAUUGUUCCAGCCCUUUUUGGUCUUCUUUACUUCUAUACAAGGGUUCCAGUUCAAAAAAAAAAG